AUGGAACGCCACUGGAACUUGCUGAAGGCUCUAAUGAUGUGGGAGCUGCUGUGGUUUCCCUGGUCAUGCCUGUGCCAGAGGAGACAACAACUGCCCGUGCUGUGGAUUAUGCCUCUGAGCAGUGAGCCAGCGUGGGGCAACGUCACAGCAGAGGUGAUGCCUGCAGUCCAGCUCGCCCUGCAGCACCUGGGCAAGCAACCUGUUCCUUUACGCAAUUAUGAGCUUCAGUUCCACUUUGCAGACUCCAAGUGUGACAAUGCCAAAGCACUGAAAGCCUUUUUUGAGGCCAUAUUCUAUGGUCCCAAACACCUGAUGGUAUUUGGAGGGCUGUGUUCAUCAGUGACGUCUAUCAUCGCUCAGUCUCUGAAGGCCUGGAACCUCCCACAGCUGUCCUUUGCUGCCACAUUACCUGCAUUAGCCAAUAAAAGAAGAUACCCAAACCUCUUCCGCAUUGUGCCGUCAAACAGUGCAGUUAACCCAGCACUGGUGAAGUUCCUUAGUUAUUAUGGAUGGAGGAGGGUGGGCACUCUGACCCAGCUGGAGGAGAGGUUCACUGAGGUGCAGAAGGACUUGGCUGAGCAUCUCAAACAGGCUGGAGUUGAGCUAGUGGAAACACAGCGGUUCUCUGGUGACCCGUGUGCUGCUAUAAAGACACUAAAAGAAAAUGAUGUGAGGAUAGUGAUUGGUCAGUUUGAUGAGUUUUCAGCUGCAAAAGUCUUCUGCUGUGUAUAUCAGCUGGACAUGUUUGGCCUUAAAUACCAGUGGAUUCUCUCAGGCUGGUCAGAGACGAGCUGGUGGACACACACUGGCACCUCCAGCUGCUCUGCUCAGAGUGUACUGAGUGCAAUGGAGGGUGCCGUCAGUGUGGACUUUGAGACCCUCAGUUCCCGACACAUCAGAGGGGUGUCAGGCAGAACACCACAAGAAUACAAGCAGGAAUAUGACAAAAGGUGCAUGCUGAAAGGUCUGGGUUCCAGUAAGUUCCAUGGCUUUGCAUAUGAUGGCACCUGGGUGGUGGCUAAAGCUCUGGCUCGGGUCAUGGAGACGCUGAAGUACAGAGAAAAGUACAGCGUACAUCGCAACUUUACUGUUACUGAGAAAGAGAUGGCUAACAUGAUACUGCAAGCCAUGAGUGACACAAGGUUCUUUGGUGUGACUGGGCAGGUAAUGUUCCGCAAUGGUGAGAGGGUGGCAACAAUCAAAUUUGCCCAGUUUCAAGCUGGUAGAGAGGUCCAAGUUGGAGGAUACAGCAACAUUACAGACAGGCUGGAGUUUGCCAGUCCCAUCUGGUUCAAAGGACAUGAGCGUACUAGGGACCAUACCCACGUGUAUCCUCAGAGGAUGGAGAUCAGCAUGGUGCUCUACAGUAUUUUAGCAUCCAUCUCCAUGUUAGGCAUUCUCACAGCAAUUACCUUCCUCUUCUUCAACAUCCAGAACUGCAGUCACAGGGUGGUCCAGAUGUCCAGCCCUUCACUGAACACUCUGCUAAUCCUGGGAACUCUGUUAUGUUACUCGUUCAUCUUCCUCUUUGGAUUGGAUGGUUCAUAUGUGCCUGAAGGAGUGUUUGAUGCUCUGUGCACUGUCAGAAUAUGGCUCAUAGCCAUUGGACACUCAACAGCUUUUGGGGCAAUGCUUGCCAAAAUAUUGAGACUCCAUGACAUCUACAAGAGCAUCAGCUUUCAGAAAAGGAACAUAAAGAACUGCACGCUUAUUGGAAUAGUCUGCGGUCUGCUGCUGGUGGAUAUGUGUUUCUUAUUUAGCCUGCAAGUUUUGGAUCCUUUGCAAGGAACAGUGGAGGAGUUCAGUUUGGAGUUUGAUCCUCAUGGUAGAGAUUUUGCCAUUCGGCCAUUUUUGGAGCACUGCGAGAACAUUCAUAUGAACAUCUGGAUGAUGAUCAUGUACCUUUAUAAGACUCUGCUAGUGCUGCUUAGCUGUGUCCUGGCCUGGAAGACACGACACUCAAACAUGCUCACUCUGAGCCUCAGCGGGUGUACUCGGAUCAGCGUGUGUAUCGCAGGCCCUUUAAGUGUCAUUGGUGCCUUUCUGGCUUUACUGACCAGAGAUCAGCCAAAUAUGCAGUUCUGCAUUGUGGGUGUCGUCAUCAUCACCUGCUGUUCUGUCACUCUGAGUUUGGUCUUCGUUCCAGAGAUAAUCCUGAUGAGGACAGACCCUGAUGGAGUGUCCCUGUCUAAGCAGUUCCACUCUGCUGAAAGAGAGAAAGAGAGUGAACGAGUGAGUGAAGAGAAGGAAAGCACCAAGCAGACGGACUCCAGUGCAUCCAGCUCUAUGACACUGAUCAGCACAGCUCUACUUGACCUCCUACAGUCAGACAAUAAACAUCUGACCAUGUGCAUCAGUGAGCUAGACAUGGAGCUGGAGGAACUGACCAGGCAACUGAGGGAACUGAGCACUCUCUCAUACACAAACAUGGUGAACAUGCAAGACUCUGGGGAGCAGACAGGCAGAGAGAAAUGUCAAACGCUUCCAGUGGGCUGUAGUGGCAGCAAAGACACAGAAGACAUCAACUCUCCCGAACAUGUCCAGCGGAGACUGUCACUGCAGCUGCCUAUUCUUCACCAUGCCUACCUGCCCUCUAUUGGAGGAGUGGAUGCCAGCUGCAGCUCCCCUAGCAGCCCCAGCACACAGCACAUAGCACUUAGGGGCCACUGGCACUAAUGGGUCUACAAGCCAGGCUUCUGAAUCUGAGUCAUCAGAGUCUGGCAGGUUUCGGCUCUCAACGUGGCCAACAUGAAACUGAUUGCUGCUGGUGACCAGCUAGCAUUUUGCUUGAUAAACAAAUGUUUGGUUAACAUCAGACUGGUAAAAACUGUGUAUACCCACAGCAGCGUGAACAUCCAAUCAGAGUGUGAGAAAAUGCCAGCAGUUUUGACCAUUUUAGGGUAAAAUAAACAUCAGAUGGUUCAUGUUGCUCUGUGGGCAGAGUGUCUGGUGCUGAUGAGGCUAUGGCAUUAAUGGGACCAAAGCCCAAGACCCCACAGCAUCCUGCUCAUGUUCAUGUAUUUCACUAUAAAAAUGCACUUUGUGAAAAUUUCAUACAGAGUUUGUCUUCAAGGGCAUAAAUGUCUUCUGUUUAAAUCUUUAACAUAUUGCAUAACAUUCAUUAUUUCCAUACUCAUUGGCCCAUUAACUACCACUACUGUGCUGUUAAGGACAGCCAAACAUGAUAGCAAACAGACUUAAGAGGAAAGCUUGAGUGAGAGAGAAGGAUUUUGCCUGCUGUUAUGGGCUGAAUGGGUUAUGUGCACUAUAUCAUCCAUUUUUACCAUUUGUUCAUGUUAACAACUUUUUUUUCUGUUUUAAUGAUUUAGUUCUGUUGGAGUGUUUCUCCUUGCACACUCAUCUUUACGAUCUGCACAAUAAUUAAAUAUAAUGAUAUAGUAUGGCUUGUUUAUACAAACCUCUAAAUCAGAUAUUUCAUUCAAACGCCUGCAUUGCUAAUGUAACCG